CGUCACAAGACGGUCAUACUUUUUUUCUGUAUAAGUAUACGCCAUCAAAGCGGCAAAAACGGGAAAUUGUUAAGUGCGAAAAAUUGGAGCGGAAAAAAAAGAACAGCAGCAGAAUCAUGUCGGACUAUCGAUCCCAAUCUCGCGGCGGUGGACGUGGCGGCCAGGAGUACUCCAACGAUGAUGAUCCACCGAUGUCGCGGCUCUUCAUCAUUUGCAACAAGGCGCACACAGAGGAGGAUUUUCGCGAAGCAUUCUCGCCGUACGGCGAAAUCGAGGACAUUUGGGUGGUCAAGGACAAGCACACGCAGGAGAACAAAGGCAUCGCGUACGUCAAGUUCUCCAAGACAUCUGAUGCAGCCAAGGCGCAGGAGGAGAUGAAUGGCAAGACAAUUGGCAAGAUGGAUCGCACUUUGAAAGUCCUGGUGGCAGCCAACCGCAAUCAGGGCUCUAACAAAUCUGAGAAUGAGCAGGAAAAGUACGUCAGACUGUUCAUUGUGAUUCCAAAAACAGCCACCGAGGAGGACAUUCGCGAAGAAUUUGCCCAGUGGGGUGAAGUGGAGUCGGUAACCAUUGUCAAAGAGAAGAACAAUGGCAAUCCGAAAGGAUUCGGAUAUGUCCGCUUUACGAAGUUCUACCAUGCAGCUGUUGCUUUCGAGAACUGCUCCGCCAAGUACAAAGCUGUCUUUGCUGAACCCAAAGGAUCCACACGUACGCAGCGGGACCAGUACGGUCGACCCUCUGAGGAAAAUCCUCUCUACAGCGGAUCCAGCCGUGGCAACUCCAAUUACAAUGGAGGCAGUAACAGCGGUGGCGGCGGUAGCAGCUACAACAACGAUUGGAAUCUGUCGCAGAAUAGCGACAUGUCCGCCUUCCUGCGCAUGCAGAACGUCCCAGUAGCCCAGCCAUCGUGCCUUGAGGUCAAUGUGAGCAACUGCGUUAACCAGGAUCAACUGUGGAGACUUUUUGAUAUCAUACCCGGCCUAGAUUAUUGCCAAAUCACGAGAGAACAUGGUCCGCGCACCAAUGAGGCCUUAGUUGUGUACGACAACCCCGAAGCUGCCAUUUAUGCCAAGGACAAACUUCACGGCCUGGAAUACCCAAUGGGCGAACGCAUUAUUGUCAAGGUCAAUGGCAUGAGCUCGGCGCGAAUGGACACAUCAUUUAUAGACAAGCGCACCAAAAAGGAUGCCAUCUGUAACGUGCCUUUGCCGCCAACUCAGCCACUGGCCUCGCCCGACGCCCAGGUUGCCCAGCGUUUGUUCAUCGUGCUCUCAGCGAAUUUGCCGCACUCCAUAUUAAAAAAUAUAUUCUCCUGCUGGUCGGGUUUAAUCGACGUCUACCUUCUGCCUAACAAGAACUGCGGCUACGUCAAGUACUCGGACAGUGAUAGUGCUCAAAUGGCCAUUCACACUCUAAAUGGUGCUGAAAUAUGCGGUACUAAGAUAAAGGUCAUGGAAGCCGAGGAGCGCAGUGGAUCCGAUGGCGAUGACGGUGGGCGCAAACGGCUAAGGCGGAAUUGAGUACCCACUGACAACCAAGAACUUACAGAGAACGCAAUGUACGAGUACGUAACUAACUUGAGAAUACAGUUCAACAGUUGUACUGACCACCACGCAACAACGCAACAACCAACCAAUUACCAAACAACCACCACAACACUCAAAACGGAAUGCCACAAGUACCACGAAGACUGGAGAACGCUGACCGGAUACGGAAACGGCGAACGGGGACCGGAGACGGGUGAACAAUUAGCCAACGUGUUCACCACACCCGUUGACUACUUUUAUUGACCAUAACUCAAGUAAGCUCUCGUACAGAGAGCACUCGUAGAAAGACCCUUACGACCUUAAAACGGAGCCAACGAAACCGCAAUGCUUGCUAUAUACUAUAUACCUAAUGUCGUAUAUAUAAACAAACCGCUUAGGGGACUUUUGAAUCUACCCGUAAUACGGAAACGAACUCUAUGAAACUUGUACUAUUACUAACGUAUUCCGACGAGAUCCAGCAAAGCAAUGAAUUCUAACAUUAUGAAUGUCUCAAGAGCAAUGUCUCUGUCUCGUAACCUUACGAUUUAGCCGUGCGUAAAAGAUAUUUCUUUUCAAAUAUAUUAGAUUUAACCGAUACCUUAUUGUAUAAGUCUAUAAAUAAAUAUUAAUCGAAAACCAAA